CAUUUUUUCUUCUAAAUGUGCUGUUCUUUCUCCUAUAGCUACUAUAUCUGCAUGGAUAAUCGAGAUUGUCUCUUUAAAAUCUCCAUGAAUAGAUCUUUUUAGAUCCGUCAGCAUGUCCUGCAUUGUAGUGACAGUAAGUCCAGGAUCAAUGCCUGGUGAAGCAGGGUAAGUAUCAAGGGGAGUAUUAUAUGCAUGUUGUUCACUCACCCUUUUUUGUUUUUUAGGCUCCUGUGGAGCUGAAGGACUGGAGCCUGCUGAAGAAGGAGUCCCUGAGGAUCGCUGGUCGGAUUUCGCUGCAAGAGAGGCACGGAGCUCUCCCUCUGUGUGGCGGGAAUCUGCGCCAUUUUGAGACGACCCAGGGGCUGGAUGGAAGAACGCCAUCAUUUUCUGAGGCUGCGCUCCCUUCUUCUUCCCUCUCGUCAUCAUCAGCAGAGCUGCAGGAACAAGGUCCGUCCUGGGACAGAUCCUAAAGCCUUUGGUGAGGAGCGAGAGUGUCCCUGCAUCUGCAAGUGGAUAAGGUUGCCACAGCAGAAUGUACACGCACAUUGACGUUCUACUGGCUGGACUUUUCAUUGGUGUCUUCGUGAGCGGCAGUGAUACAAUUUCUCCCCCCGUUCUCAGUGCAUCACCGAAUCAUACACUCUACUAUAAAGGAGAGGCUGUGACUCUGACUUGUGCUACCCUGGGAGAGUACAGACACGCUCACUUUACCUUUUAUAAGAACUCUGAAUACAUCCGAAAUGAUAACACCUACAUCUAUCAUAUCUAUGGCAUGGAUUCCUCUGAUGUAGGGAAGUAUGCUUGCGAUUUCUGGUCUGGCAGUGAUUCAUCUCCUAGAAGUAAUGAAGUCUCAUUAUUCCUAUUUGACAGGUCACAAGCUCCAGAUAUUUCUCUCAACCCUUCACUCUCUGAGUACAGCAUGGGAGACUCAAUCACCAUAGUGUGUUCUCCUCCCAAGACCUUGGUGGUGAAGAAGAUUCAGUUUUAUAAGGAAGGGCAUCUCCAACCUUUAAACGAGGCAGAAGAUAACACAUUUGUGGUCACGUGUAAUAAAGAAGUUGCUGGGAGAUAUUUUUGUACUUAUACCCUAGAAAUACAAGAGAGAUUGAUCACUUCGUUGUAUAGUCAACAUAUAAUAGUGAAUGUUUCUGCUUCCAUAGCACAAACUACAGCAGCUGCAAUAAUUCCAGAGACAUCUACACUUGACAAGUCAAGCAUGAUAAGGGGUACAGAGACAUUUACCUCCACUCAAAGCAGUAAAGUCAUAAAUUCAACAAGUUCUUUCAAGCUUCUGAUAUACAUGUUUGCUGGAGGCUUAAUCUUUAUAGCAACCUGUGUACUCAUACAAGCUCUUGUCCGAGUUUACAUCUCACGAAAUGGAGAAAGUCCCAUGGUGGAGCUUCCUGUGCCUGAGUCUAAUGUGUGUUCAGUCCACAGUCUGAAGACUACAGUACCACCAUUUUUUGGUCCCUCUGCAUUACAAGAGAUAGAAAUGCAACAUUUCUACUCAGAAAUUGAAAUGCCUAUUGUAAAGGCACCUAUUGUAACUUGUUAUGCCAAAGCAAAGGCAAUCGAUCCUGUACCUCCUAUUUAUCAAACAGACUUGACAACCCAUGCAAGAAUUUAAGGAAUCUUUGUAAAAUCUCAAUGCACCUAAUAGUGGCAAGUCAAACUUUCUCUGGAAUUAUUUAGAAAUCUUCAAUACUGUAUGUCAUUAAAACAAAAAAUUU